AUGGCUCUCGUUUGGAACAUCAACCUUGAGCUGAUCAGCGGCGCGGCCUGGUACGAUGUGUUUGUCGACUGCAACGACGGCACCAUCAUUGCCGUCUCGGACUGGAUCAACCGGUUUUCGCCAGCAACCUACCGUGUCGUGCCCUUCAGCACCACCGACCUCGGUGCCGGGCCUCAGGCGCUUGUUUCGAACCCGGCUGAUGCAAACUCUUCGCCGGCUGGCUGGCACGACGACGGCACCGGCGAGGCACCCAGCACCCACGGCAACAACGUCUACGCACAGGAGAACCGGGACCGCACCGACGAUCCCAGCAUCAACUACCGCCCAACCGUCUCAGACAGCUACACCUUUGACUUUGUCUACGACACCAAGCAGAGCCCCCAGACCAACCAGGAUGCGUCCAUCACCCAGCUGUUCUACAUGGUCAACAUCGCCCAUGACGUUUUCUACGCCUAUGGAUUCACCGAGGCCGCCGGCAACUUCCAGAACACCAACUUUGGCAAGGGCGGGGUCGAGGGCGACCCAGUCGAGGCGUUUGCUCAGGACGGCACGGGCGUCAACAACGCCAACUUUGCAACGCCGCCUGACGGCGACCGCGGUCGCAUGAGAAUGUUCAUCUUCACCAAAACCACUCCCAACCGCGACGGCGCCAUGGACAACGCCAUCAUCGCUCAUGAAUAUGGCCACGGCGUCUCGAACCGGCUCACGGGCGGCAAGGCUCAGUCCAACUGCCUCACCGCCGAGAUUCCCUAUGGCAUGGGCGAGGGCUGGAGCGACUUUUUCGCCAUUCUCUUCACCCUCAAUGCCAGCCAAAACAGGACAGCACCAAUCACCAUGGGUGCCUAUACCAUGGGCUCUGUCGGCGGCGCCCGCAAGUACCCGUAUUCUUCCAGCGUGUCCGUCAAUCCGCUCACCUACGGGGCCCUGGGCACAUUCAAGUCGCCGCGCAAUCCGUACAUCAUUGGACAAGCGUGGGCGCAGAUGCUGCUGGAUAUGAUGUGGAACCUUGUCGACAAGUACGGAUUUGAGCCCGACAUCCGGAACAGCCAGAGCCCCAAGGGCAAUAUCGUUGCGUUCCAUCUCGUCAUGGACGCACUCAAGCUGCAGCCCUGCAAUCCGGACUUUAUCAGUGCCCGAAACGCCAUUCUGCUGGCCGACCAGGUCGGUAACAACGCCGCCAACUCGUGCGAGAUCUGGCGGGCGUUUGCUGGUCGUGGCCUUGGUACGGCUGCCGCUGCCGGUGUCUUCAAGAACUCGACCGAUCUCCCCGAACAGUGCGUCGGUCCAAAAUCCGGCAGCGGCUGCACCUCUGUCGGCUCUGCCGCGUGCAGCACAAGCAAUGAUGUGCUUGUGUGCCGACCCAGUCUCAAGUGGGAGUCGCUGGGCAAAUGUCCAGGAGCAACCACAUGCCAGUUGGGCACAUUUGUAUGUGCAUAA